UUCUCCGCCGCCUGGACCGCGCUGCUGGCCGCGCUCAUGGCGCUGCUCAUCGUGACCACGGUCAUGGGCAACGCGCUGGUCAUGCUCGCCUUCGUGGCGGACUCGAGCCUCCGCACCCAGAACAACUUCUUCCUGCUCAACCUCGCCAUCUCCGACUUCCUCGUGGGGGCCUUCUGCAUCCCACUGUAUGUGCCCUACGUGCUGACCGGCCGCUGGCCCUUUGGCCGGGGCCUCUGCAAGCUGUGGCUGGUGAUGGACUAUCUGCUCUGCACCUCCUCCGUCUUCAACAUCGUGCUCAUCAGCUACGACCGCUUCCUGUCGGUCACCCGUGCUGUCUCCUACCGGGCCCAGCAGGGCGACACGCGGCAGGCGGUGCGGAAGAUGGUGCUGGUGUGGGUGCUGGCCUUCCUGCUGUAUGGGCCGGCCAUCCUGAGCUGGGAGUACCUGUCGGGCGGCAGCUCCAUCCCCGAGGGCCACUGCUAUGCUGAGUUCUUCUACAAUUGGUACUUCCUCAUCACGGCCUCCACACUCGAGUUCUUCACGCCCUUCCUCAGCGUCACCUUCUUCAACCUCAGUAUUUACCUGAACAUCCAGAGGCGCACCCGUGACAGGCUGGAUGGGGCACGGGAGGCGGCCAGCCUGGAAGCCCCACCCGGGGCCCAGGGCUCUCCACCCGCUGCACCCGGCUGCUGGGGCUGCUGGCAGAAGCGCCGUGGGGAGGCUGUGCCACUGCACAGGUACGGGGUUGGCGACGCGGCCCCUGGCACUGAGGCAGGAGAGGCAGCCCUGGGGGGCAGCGGUGGGGGCACCGUGGCCUCGCCCACCUCCAGCUCAGGCAGCUCCUCUCGGGGCACAGAGCGGCCCCGCUCGCUCAAGAGGGGCUCCAAGCCAUCUGCAUCCUCGGCGUCGCUGGAGAAGCGCAUGAAGAUGGUGUCCCAGAGUGUCACCCAGCGCUUCCGGCUGUCGCGGGACAAGAAGGUGGCCAAGUCACUGGCCGUCAUCGUGAGCAUCUUCGGGCUCUGCUGGGCCCCCUACACACUCCUGAUGAUCAUCCGGGCCGCCUGCCACGGCCACUGCGUCCCUGACUACUGGUACGAGACAUCCUUCUGGCUGCUGUGGGCCAACUCGGCAAUCAACCCCGUCCUCUACCCGCUGUGCCACUACAGCUUCCGCCGCGCCUUCACCAAGCUGCUCUGUCCCCAUAAGCUCAAGGUCCAGCCCCACAGCUCCCUAGAGCACUGCUGGAAGUGAGCGGCCACGCUGCCUCUCGGGACCGGGCAGGGCCCUCCGACUGCCACUCCCUGCUUUCCUGGGCAGCCGCCUCUGGGUGCGAACCAGGUCUUGUCUCCAGCCUGCCCUACCUGCCAUGGCAGCCUCUCUUAGACCAUCUGCCUGCAGUGGAGGCAGCUUGGCGGGCUGGCCAGAGGAGCCCUUGCUGCCUGAACUGGAAUGUGGUACCUCGCCCUGCCACCCAGGUCCUUGUUCCAGCCCCGAAGGGACAACCCAGGGGCCUCAGCCUCAAUGCCCACCCUCCACGGGCAGUGUGACAGUGGUGUGCACCCCUUGCACGAUUGCUGCUGGUGUUCUUCCCAAAGCAAGCGCUUGGUGUGUGCCCCAGGCUGCCUGACCCAGUGGUCCGCCCCUGCACGUGCACACACCUGUCUAUACACACCUGCACACCUUCCCCUGCUCCAGACAAGCCUGGGCCCCCAGCUCUGCUGCCAUCUGUCCCCUGCGUAUGCUCAGGUCUGGCUCCUGCAUUCCUCUUCCCUCCAGCUCUCUCUGCCCCCAAAGUGCCAACUGGCCCCCAGGAACCUCGCGGCCAUUCUCUGCUUUUCCAUUCUGGGUGUUUCAGGAAGACAAAGAACAAGAAAACACAUCCGUGAACUCGAUGUUCCUUGGAUGUUUAAUCAAGAGAGACAAGAUUGCUGAGGAGCUCAGGGCUGGAUUGGCAGGUGUGGGCUCCCACGCCCUCCCUCCUCAGAAUGCCGCUUCCGGAUGAGCGGCGCCAGCUGCUUCUGCCCACCCUGCCCCCGGCUCGGGGUGCUGGGCCCUGACUGGAGUAGCCCGGGUCCCGCACUACUGCUUGUCCAGCCGGCUGCCCAUCCGCUCAGCCAGCGUUUCCUGGGGUUGACGGGUAGGAGUGCCUCUGCCCUGCCCUGAGGGUCCUGGGGCUCACAGGCAGAGGGGCCCGGGGUGGGGUCUGCUAGCAGAGCGGUUGCUUCUCCGUGUCCCAUGCACCCCCUCGGCGCUGUGCAUGCUCUGCUUCCCACAGCCCACCUGCUGGCCCUGCAGACCCUGAGCUCCACAGUAAAGUGUAUUUUUUUAAUGGU